UCUUUUCUAGCCUGUUGGUUUCGAUGUGGGAUAAGUGAAUUGAUUGAGAGAGCUGAGUGGGGAGAGAAAAAAAUGAGUAGGCUAUCGUUUAGGCCACGCCCAUUGGACAUACACAAGAAGCUACCGAUUGUUAAGUCAGUAAAAGACUUCGAAGACGAUGAGACUCCUACUUCCGCUACUCGUAACUCUCAAAUGCUCCGCCUUGCUGCUGCCGAGGUAGAUAACGAGGUACAGCAAACCCCUACCAAGAAACAUGCUCCUGAAAUACCUACACCUCAGUUUGUUGUUGUGGAUACGUAUGAAAGAGAUUAUUCUCGCACGUUCUUUCAACCAACAUCCUAUCUACGUGCAAGGGGAGCCUGGGCUGAGAUUGGAGAGUUUGUUGAGUACGAUCUAGAUAAUGAGGAUGAAGAUUGGCUUCAAGGGUACAACAAAGAUAAGAAGAUUCUUGCACCUGAAAAGCUGGAGAGUCUUCUUUUUAAGUUGGAGGUGUUGGAUCAUAAAGCUCGGGAAAGAGCAGGAGUUAUAACACCGACUCUUGUUUCACCAAUUCCUGUGCUUUUGACAAUGGAUGCUGCUAUUGAGGCCUUGCAAUCUCAGUCCAUCAAAUAUGGAGUCUUUCAGUCGGUUUAUAACUAUUGGAAAGAAAAGCGUGAACGGUGGCAGAAGCCUAUUUUGCGGCGUUUACAGCCUCCUCCACCAGUUAACGAUAACAACCCCUAUAAUGUCUUUAGGCCCAGGGAGAAAGCUCACAGACUUCACACUAGAAGGAUGCAAAGGAGGGAAAACAAUGUGCAGUCAUUUGAAAAGCUUCGCCAGGUCAGACGCAAUCUAGACCAAGCCAAAACCUUACUUGAGGCUUUAAUUAAGAGAGAAGAGAAGAAAAGAGAUGUUAUGGAGAGUGAAGUUAGCCUUCAGAGGAUCCAAAUGAAGUACAAGUAUGAAACUGAGCUCCUUGAAGAUAUUACACUUCCUGGGUUUGCACCAAUAUCUAGCAAGUUUGGUUCAAGUGAAGAUGAGUUUAUGGACUCAGAUGACCUUGCAAACAGCCGUCCACGUACACGACCUGCUGCAGUUCAGAAUCCACCUCUAGUAGACUCUAAUGUGGCCAUGGUUCCUGCUGGAAACCUUAAGCAAGAGUUUCGUCGUCGACAUAUGCUGCAUGGAUGGCUCCAUAAACUGGAUCCUCUUGAGCCAGUUUUGCUGUUCACAAAACCUCUUGUUCCAGAUAAGCUGGCAGCUGCUGGCAUUGUACCCCCGUCUGAUACUUCAACAACAAAAAACGGUGCAUCUGCACCACCCUAUAAAUUUCAUGGAAGGAUUGGCCGUGGGGGCCGAAUAGUAUUUGAUAGAUGGAAUCCUCUGAUGCAUACUCCGAUUGAUUGCGGUAACUCAUAUUACAUCCCACCCAAGCCCCGGCCUUCAACAUAUAACUAAAUUAGGUACUUUGCUUGGUCCCUCCACUGCUGAGGCAGGAGAUUCCAUUGUAAAGAAAUUCAAUUGAUGUUUAUUGUAAUGAUAUUACAGUGGGACUAAGCAAGUUGGGUAGGUUGGUGAAUGCUUUUUGGGCCCUGUCCCUGCGCAGGGGCGUCACAUCUGUGUAUCCAAUUUUUUUUGCAGUAUA